GUGUGUCACCGGGCCGCCCGCUGCAGAGGGGCCCGAGACGCCGCAGUGCACGCCGCCGGCAACGCCCGUGGAGGGCGAACCCCCCAAAAAGGCUCCGAAGGUGUAUGUGCCGCCCCCCACCCCCUGGCAAAGCGAGGCUCAAAAGGAAUUGCGGGAAAAGAAUGUGAUUUCAGCCUGUUCUCGUGCGAAACCGGUGGUGAAGAAACUCUUUGAUGUGGCCAACACCCAAAACCGCUCGACCUCGGAACUGGAUACGUCGCAAGUGACGCUGCUGAGCUGCUACUACGUGCAGCAGUACUACCACCCCAACCAUGAAGUGAUCAUUGGAGAGAGGGACAGCUAUGAC